AAAUGAUUGGCGGCAGUGCAGGAACCGGUCAGGUCACUCAAGACUGUAAAGAUGGUAUCGUUGUAACAGGUACUGGUGUGCUCAUAGAUCAGGAAACACCCACGUACCAUGACUUUGCCUUGUACCUGAGCCCAGCCACAAUGGAAACAAAAUAUCAGAGGCGACUGGAAAGCAACUGGGUGCCAGAUAUUGAGAUUGGUCAGUGUCAAUAUGUCACAGGCGCACACUCUGCUCACCCUCAACUCUGUCAUGUAAAAUUUGGAUGGUAUCAGAGACGCCAUCAUUGCCGGAGCUGUGGCAAAAUUUUCUGUAGCCAACACAGUGCUAAUCGCCUGCUAUUAUCUUGUGCCACGGACACUUCUUUGUUAGCUGAGUGGAGCAGAGUGUGCAACGGCUGUUUCCAUAGAUUGGCCAUCCAACCUUCCAUGUAAUUCAAACAUCUUUACCCAGCCAAAUACUACGCCAAUCCAAGCAUCUGCC